UUGUUUAAAACUAUCUCGUGAAUGUCACACGAAAAUGUCAAACGUUUAUAGGGAACUGCUCUGUUUUCCAUCACGUUUAACAGUUUAUGCAAAAUACUUUGCUUAGUACUCGUACGUGUGUCAUGUGUAAAAGAAAUCGCCGGAUUUUGUUUAUUUUCUUCUGAAGUGCGUCAGGAACUGCGCUAGUAUUAUCUGGAAUUUUUUGUUUAUGAGACGCUAAGUUUAGUAAACAAUAAUGGAAAGCUCUGUCAAGGUUGCCGUGCGGGUUCGUCCCUUGAAUGAAAGGGAAAAGGAGUCUAACUCAAAGGUUAUUAUUAGCAUGUCUGGAAACCAAACAACCAUUGAGUCAAAUAAGUAUCACAGCUUAGAGAGCAGUCGCAUUCCAGUGAAUAAUAAACCUUCAACUAAACGAUUUGUGUAUGAUUAUUCGUACUGGUCUGUGGCACAGAGUGAUCAACAUUUUACAUCACAAGAACAGGUAUUUCAAGAUCUUGGUACAAAGGUAUUGGAUGCAGCAUUCGAAGGAUAUAAUGCUUGCGUAUUUGCAUAUGGUCAGACAGGAGCUGGUAAAACAUAUACAAUGAUGGGAACACAGAAUGAUCCUGGACUAACUCCAAGAAUAUGUGAGGGCCUGUACAAACAUGCCUCAGUUAAUUCAAAUGAUCAAGAAUCAUUCAGGAUUGAAGUGAGUUAUUUAGAAAUCUACAAUGAACAAGUGCUUGACCUGUUGAGAAUCCCAAGUCAUAAGAAACGUGAUAUAUUACCUGCAAGACUGAGAGUACGGGAACAUCCUAAGGAUGGACCUUAUGUGCAAGGUCUAACGAAACAUGAUGCACCAGAUUACUCAGCAAUUGAAUCCUUAUUAAACCAAGGAAAUCAGCUUAGAAAAACGGCAGCAACAAAAAUGAACGACCACAGUAGUAGAUCGCAUGCUAUAUUCACAAUCAAGUAUACUCAAGCAAAGUUCGUCUCUGGACUGCCAAGUGAAAUAACGAGCAAAAUUAAUCUUGUUGACUUGGCUGGAAGUGAGCGAGCAGCAAAGAGUGGUGCUACAGGAGACAGGUUAAAGGAAGGUGGUAAUAUAAACAGAUCUUUGACGACUCUCGGAAGUGUGAUUUCUUCCUUAGCAGAGAAAUCCAGUCAAAAAGAUAAUGCUCAAAGAAAAGUGUUUAUUCCCUAUCGCGACUCAGUUUUGACCUGGUUAUUGAAGGACAGUUUGGGUGGAAAUUCAAAAACAAUUAUGAUUGCAGCUAUUGCUCCUGGAGAAGGCAAUUAUGGUGAAACUUUGAGCACUUUACGAUAUGCAGACAGAGCCAAGAAUAUAAUCAAUGCACCAACAAUAAACGAGGAUCCGAAUGUGAAGUUGAUACGUGAACUGAAAGCAGAAAUUGAACGCCUGAAAACGAUCAUUGAUGGAGAUCACGGCCAGGUGCAGCAAAGUGUUGCUACAGAAACACUUGACGAAGCACAAAAAUUGUUGGAGGGUACGGAGAGUAAGAUGGAAAGACAUUUACGAGACUGGGCAGAUAAAUGGCGAGAUACUUUGCUUAUUAUGGAGGAAAAUGAUUUGGGUCUUCAUAAACAUCGCUCAACAUUGCGUAUAGAUAUGGACCCACCUCAUCUUGUCUUACUUGAUGAUGAUCCUCUCAAUACCAGUAUAACAAUAUUUAGUUUGAAAGAAGGAGAAAAUUUCAUUGGAAACUUGCAUGCUGAGGAAGAACUUGACCUAGUGUUUGACAAUGACGCGAUCCAGAACGAGCAUUGUGUAGUAACUUAUGAUACAAGAAACGUUAUAUUAAAACCUCUUAAUGGAUAUUGCAGUGUCAAUAAUAAAACUAUAACCGAGCCGACUAAAUUAUCUCAAGGUGACGUGAUUUUACUCGGUGAAGAUAUUCGUUUGAAAUUUAACUAUCCUCAAGAGGCGUGUUUUCUCAGAGAACAGAGACGCUCAGGACAUUUCACUCGUUCCUUUUCUUUGGAUAAAUCCACGCACAUGGUGUCCACACCAAGACGACUUGAAGAAGUGACGUUCAUCGAUCAACCACUGUCUCCUGAAUCUGGCGUUGAGAUGGACCCCCAAGAGGAGGAGAGUACGGAGGAGAAGAAUGUGGACAAAUUAAAGUUAGUCUUGAAGAUUAUGAUGGGCAGACCGCUGAAAUUGACGCAUGAAGCAGCAUCUCAAAAUGAAUAUAGAUAUGAUGAAUUGAAGUGUUUGACGGUUGAUGGUUUAACGAUAACUACCUUUAUUUGUUUCAGACAACAAGUUGAAGACCUCUUGGCACAGUAUAAACAGUCUGAAAUCGAGAGAUUUGAGAUUGAAACGAAAAAUAAACGCGAGUUAGAAGCAAAGGAUAAAGAAAUCGAAACGCAAGCGAAAGAACUUAUAAAACGACAGAAAAAUGACGAGGCUUUGCUUCAAAAACACCAAAAAGAAUUACAAAAUCUCAGAGAACAACUGUCUGAUGAAAAAACAAGACUUCGUAAUGAGCUGAUGCAACAAAUGGAAAGACUUUUUAGUAAAAUGCAAAACACAAAUCAUGCUCUCAUUGAAGACUCGAAGAAAGAGCUUGAAAAGCAGCGAAAAAGAUUGAAUAGACAACUUAAACGAGAGUGGUCUAAGUUAGAUCAAUAUGAAAUGAAACUGAUCGAAGUUGAGGCUGAAAAGCGAAGAAUCAUACAAGACGCUGAAAAUAGGUUAAAACAGGAGAGAAAUAAGAGUGAAAUAGAACGAAAACAUCGCCUUCAGGAAGUUGAAACACAAAAAAAAUCUUUACAAGAAAUACUUGAAGGUCAUUUAAAGGAACGAGAAGUUGCCAGAAAGGAUUUUCAACAAAGUCGAAGUGAAGAAAUAAAACUUUCUGAUAUUGUGGAGGAAAGCUUGGAUAUAUUUUGUAAGAAAUUAACAAAACUGGAAUGGCUACAAUACAAGCUUUCUGCGGACCAACUCGAAACUGAUGAAAAGACUGAAAUAAUGCUAAAAAUUGAAACAGUCAAUAAGGAUAUUGAAAUACUAGAAAGACAAAAUGAGGAGAACGCUGAAAAGCUAAGACAGAGCGAGAUGGAGCUAAAGGAAAAGGGAGAAAUUUUGAAACGUUGUGAAGCGAACGUUGAACGAAGUUUAGCCGAGAUGACAGAAGUACGAGAGAAAUUGGUUGGAUGUCAACAACGCUUUGGUGAAGAGUUAGGUGAUGUCGUCAACAUCGUCAGUUUGGAGCGAGAUGCUGAUUUGAUGAAGAUUGAAAAAGAUCGAGAAAUACUGAUGAGCAAAUACUUGGAACACCAAAGUGCGUUAGAGGUGUUGGUUAAUGAAAAUCUUGAAUCCAGUGAUGACGAAGACAGCCUUGAAGUGCGAGAAAUUAAGAGUCGUGUGGUUGAGUUAGUACGUAGUGUAAGCCCAGGAUUAGACGAUGAGUCGAUGCAAUCACAAAUUAUUGAAAAGAAAGUUCAGAUUCAUUAUCAACAAGCUCAAGUAGGCAAAAAUGAGGAAGAAAGAAAGACACUGCUAGCGCAUGAACAAAUCUUUCUUCAGCAGAGUCGUGAGGUACAAAACAAGCGAGAAAAUGAACAGAAAGUACUCCAGGAAAAACUACAUGCACUGAUAGAAAUGACAGAUAAUGAAGAAGGAAGUGCAAGUGAAACAGUUGAUUACUACCAGGCUGAAUCAUCAAGCCUCGUCACAGCUCAAAGACGAAUAUUUGAUGUUGAAAAAGAACUAGCUGAGAAGAUUAAGGAACGUAAAGAUAUUGAAGCUAAAUUAGAUCAUGUUAAAAGACAAAUGGAACAACAAGCUGAGUGUAAUCAAGAAGAGUUUCAUGGCAUCUUAGCAAGGUUGGAACUUCAUAGCAAAGAUGUUGGAAAAGAGAUUGAAGAAAUGAAGAAGAUAUUAAAAUAUGAAGCCGAGAAAUAUCUUAGACGACUAAAAACAGAAAACUUUACCGUUUUGGAGCCAUUGUCAUACGACAAUUCAAGUUUCGCAGAAAUUGCUAACGAGGCCGUGGAUGAAAUACUGAGAGAGAUUGAACUAGCUUCUCAUUGCCCCGAGCUGGCAAAAACUCACAAGGAUAUCAAACAGGACUGUGGAGGAUGGAGGUAUGACGGUCAUGAAAAAGAUGUUCAUUUGUUACGGAAAGAGGACGAUUGUGAGGCAAUUCAUAGUUUUCUUGGUCGAGGUAUAAUCCGUGCUUCACCACGUACUGUCCUGCAGACUGUCUCAACGCCGCCGUCCAGAUUUGUGUACGAUCGCAUGCUCAAGAAUAUUCGUAUAGUAGAGAAGAUCGCAGAUAACCUAACAAUAGUUCACAUGGUUCAUGAGACAACACGCUGCCUUUUCAAGACAUCGCGAGACUUUUGUUUCGUAUCGAUGGAUCGCGAGAAAGAUGGUAAACUAAUCCUUGCAUGCCAGUCAGUGGAGCAUCAGAGCUGUCCUGAGGUCAGAGGAAUACAACGUGCAAAGAUUUUAUCGAGCGGUUGGGUUAUUGAACCGAUAACAGUGAAAGGUCAAGCAUGUUCUCUUGUUUGGUAUCUCACUCAGGUUUUUCUCGGGAGGUCAAUCCCAUCAAAACUUGUUCAACUGGUUUCAAAACGUCAACCACUCAGUGUCGCUUACUUAAGAGAAUACUUGGUGGCAGAAUAAAUAUUGUGGGUUUGAUGUAUUGAGAAAGAUAUUGUAAAUGUAACCUGGGUUAUAUAAUUCUUCCAAGAAAUAUUUAAUAUUAAUUAUACAAUUAUAGAAGUAAUAAUAUGUGCAUUUGUUAUCUAAAUGCUUAUAAUAUAAUAACGUAAAUCAUUCAUUCCUUGUGUAAAGAGAGAGGUAAGAAUAUUAACCAAUGCAUGCAAGCUUGUAUUACGUACGAUUUUGGUAUGUUGACGUGUUUAAAUUGAUCUAAAUAUUUACUACACAUAUUUAUUACAUAUAAUACUUCUUUGAUGCAUAGAUUAAAGGUGUGUAAUUCGCGUUCUAAACACUUAUCAAAUAUACGU